UGAGGUAAAAUGACAAGCUUGACCUCCUCCGAGCAAAAAGAGGAAGCCGUCCAGCAGUUGUCUUUUAGCGGCAGUCCGGACCGUCAGCCGAGGCAACAUGAAGUCCUUCUCGGUGCUUUUUCUUCUCACGGUGGCCUUGUUGUGCGGACACGUUACUGCAGAAAGAAAACUAGCCUUUGUGACCGUGUUGUUUCGCCAUGGGGACAGAUCACCGAUCAAAGCCUUUCCUACUGACGCCCACCAGGAGGAGGACUGGCCACAAGGCUUCGGUCAGCUGUCGCAGGAGGGGAUGAGGCAGCAUUAUGAGCUGGGCCAGUUUUUUAGGAAUCGGUACAAGAAUUUCCUCAGUGAAUCCUACAAUCGACGUGAGAUUUUGGUUCGGAGUACGGACUACGAUCGCACCCUGAUGAGCGCUGAGGCUAACCUUGCAGGUCUUUAUCCUCCCAGCGGUCAGCAGAUAUUCAUGCCCAGCCUGAAGUGGCAGCCCAUUCCUGUUCACACGGUACCGAUGAGUGAAGAGCGGCUUCUUUCAUUUCCUCUGGGCGACUGUCCUCGCUACCAGCAGCUGAUGAACGAAACUGAACAUAGUGCAGAGUUUAUCAACGUCACCACGACAUACCAGGACCUGAUUGAGCUGGUGAGGAACAAAUCGGGACUGACGACGGCCACCGUGGAAACUGUGUGGAGUGUGCAUGACACGCUCUUCUGUGAGUCACGUCACAACUUCUCCGCACCCGACUGGGUGACUCCUGAUGUCAUGGAGAAGCUCAAGAUCGUCAAAGACUUUGGAAUGCAGGUCAUAUUUGGGGUCUACAAGCAACAGGAAAAGAGUCGCCUGCAGGGAGGUAUGCUCCUUGGAGAAAUAGUGAGGAAUCUUUCCGAGAUGGCCAUCCCAGACCCACAACGGCAAUUCAAAUUGAUGAUGCUCUCUGCACAUGACUCAACCGUAGCUGCUCUCCAGGCCAGUUUAGACGUUUUUAACGGAAUUCAGCCACCUUAUGCCUCCUGUCACAUGUUUGAGCUGUACAGGGACGAUAAUGGCUCGGCUUCAGUGUCCAUGUUUUAUCGUAACGACUCCAAAGUGGAGCCUUACCCUCUUCAGCUGCCAGGCUGCGCUCUUGACUGCCCCCUGGAGGACUUUGUGAAAAUUACAAAGCUCUCCAUCUCAAACGACAGGGACAAAGAGUGUCAGCUGCCUUCGCAAGUGAGAGAUAAAGAGGUCCUCAUCGGCCUGGCCUUGUCCGCCUGUGUGCUCUUCUUCCUCAUCAUCUUCCUUUUGGUUUUCAUUUGCCGGCAAAAGGAGAUGAUGGGCAACCGGGGGUACCAACACGUGGUCAACCAGGAAGCGGGAGAGGAGUCCUGACAGAGGCACAAACUCCUCUACCGGAGCUCCACAAGCCUCGUUUCCUCAGACGACAGCAGCGACGAAGACGAUGAUGAACUUUAAAUCUGAAGAAUUCAAGAGUCAGUUCAGAGGAAUGUGAAUUUUCAGAUAAUGUUGGCUUGGGAACAGUUUGGUGGAUGUUGGUUUGUUCUGAUGACCAAAAUGCCUUAAAUACAUUUUGGUGUGCUGGCUGUAACACAUUUUUCCUGUUCAGUCUGGAGCUUUAAAUCUUUCAAUCCAAACAUUUAGAUCAUGUUUUCAGAAUUUAUUGGAAUAAUCUUGACAUUUUUUCAACCACCGGUAAGAUGCCGUGUGCUCUUUUCGAUAAAUCUGAAACGUUGAAUUUCUCAAGUACAAACAACUUUAGACGGUACGAAACACGUAAAACCUACAAGUUUUUUAGGAAAUCUUUGUUUAAUCCGUGUUUCCCCUAGGAAUUUUUCCAGCGGUGGUGGUGGUGGUGGGGUGGGGGAGGGGGAUUAUGACACGUCUCACCUUUAUGUUGCUAUUGUUUUAUUAGAUACACUCCACUUUGAACUGCACCAAUCCAGCAACUGCUGCAUUUUAAUAACCAGUAUUAAAGGUGAAUACACGAAUAUUUGCACAAGAAUAAUUUUUGUUUUAAACUCUCAGUGACACACUUUGCAGGGGGGGGGGGGGUUGGCAUUAAAUGAUUCUUGGCGUCUGGAAAAACAUUUCCUUUUGCCCCCCUUUAUUUUGGUCCAAGAUCAUUACUGGGCUGGCCCUAUUAAACACCUUCUACACCCCUGCUUAGUAAUCUUCAUGAAGUAUUUUUAAGCCAAUAAAAAAUGGCUGAAACACAAAUUUACAUAUUUGGCAUUAUUGACCAAUAUCUUUGAUUUAAUUUAUUUGUUAAGAACAUCAAGAUGCAUUACAGUGAACAUUAUAAUAAAGUAAAUUUUUCUAGUGCAGAGAGGAGACAACCCAUAGAAGCACUGAUUUGAUCUCAUUUCAGAGAAAAAUAGAACAGGUCAGAUGCAUCUAAUAAAUAAAAUUACUAACAAACUCA